UUUUAUUGAGAUAAUAUAAUGAAAGCCUUGAAUUUGUGAUGAAAAUUUAUCAUAAUGGCUGUUUUCAGGUUAGAUCCCUGUGGUAUAAUCUGCAUUAUACUGACUUAUUUAGCAGUGUUUUAUGCAGAUUAUGCCGUAGUUGAGUGGAUGGUCAUACCAACUAUGUCCACUAGUUUAUGGGGAGCAUUUAAUGUGGUUUGUUUCAAUACUAUUGUUUUUCUGUUGAUCAUGUCACAUCUGAGAGCAGUUUUUUCAGACCCUGGAAUUGUUCCAUUUCCUGAUAAUAACUUGGAUUUUUCAGAUAUGCAUAGUGGCAUAGGUUCACCUGUACAUAAGGAGGACUGGACAGUGUGCUCUCGUUGUGAGACAUAUCGCCCCCCUAGAGCUCAUCACUGUCGGAUAUGCAGGCGCUGUAUUCGAAGAAUGGACCACCAUUGUCCAUGGAUAAACAACUGUGUUGGGGAACUUAAUCAAAAGUAUUUUAUCCAGUUUUUAAUAUUUGUUGGGUUGGCUAGUUUCUACUCUGUUGUAAUGGUGGUAAUUUCUUGGGCUUCGGAUUGUGUAGACUGUAAAAAUGAGAUAGUAUUUAAACAGCAUCGUGUGAUACAUACUGUUCUUCUUUUGAUUGAAAGUCUUCUUUUUGGAAUAUUUGUGGUUGCAAUAAUGUGUGAUCAGUUUCAAGCUAUAUUAUCCGAUGAAACUGCCAUUGAACAAUUGCAGAAAAAAGGACCUCACAGACCCAGGAAGCCUAAGAUGGCAUUAUUGAGUGAAGUUUUUGGUAGAGGUUCUCCUUUGCUAUGGAUCUUUCCUUGUCAAAGUGCUCCUAGAAAUAUAGAAAGUCUUGCAUCAUAUGAAGUUUAAUUUUGU